ACGCAUGACGUCAUUUCCGGUUCUGCCAUUUUGCGGUUGCGGAUCAGUCUCGAGCUGCUGGUGCGUUUCUUCCCGAAAACCGUUCAUUUAGUCUAACAUUUCGGACCAAUUCAACCGGAAAAAUGUCAGAUUUUGACAGCAACCCCUUCGCGGACCCGGACUUCAGCAACCCGUUUCAGGACCCAUCAGUGACACAAGUAACGCGGACUGCCCCACCUGGAGGCCUGGAGGAGUAUAACCCUUUCACAGACUCCAAGCCGGUUCCACCAGGCUCUGCCCCUAAAUCAGUCCCGCCCACAACCAACACACAGCCGGCCAUCAUGAAACCCACUGAAGAACCGCCAGCUUACACUCAGCCUCAGCAGACACAGGAUCAGGCACGAGCCCAGGCGGAGUUAUUGAGGAGACAGGAGGAGCUGGAGAGAAAAGCAGCUGAGCUGGACCGCAGGGAGAGAGAGAUGCAAACUCUCAAUGCGUCAGGAGGGAGGAAAAACAACUGGCCGCCUCUUCCAGAGAAGUUUCCAGUGGGUCAGUGUUUCUAUCAUGACAUAUCGGUGGACAUACCCGUGGAGUUCCAGAAAACCGUCAAGAUCAUGUACUAUCUCUGGAUGUUCCACACGGGGACGCUGUUUGCAAAUAUAUUUGGCUGUUUGUCGUGGUUCUGUGUAGAUGCGUCGAGGGGAGUGGAUUUUGGUCUGGCUAUGCUUUGGUUUAUGCUGUUUACACCCUGUUCUUUUGUCUGCUGGUACAGACCCCUGUAUGGAGCGUUCAGGAGUGACAGCUCUUUUAGGUUCUUUGUGUUCUUCUUCGUCUAUAUCUGCCAGUUUGGUGUCCAUGUGCUGCAAGCCAUUGGCAUUGCAGGUUGGGGAGCCAGUGGCUGGAUCUCUGCGCUGACCUGUCUGAACACGAGUGUUCCCGUCGGCAUCAUCAUGAUCCUGAUUGCCGCCCUCUUCACCGCGUCGGCUGUCAUGUCUCUCAUCAUGUUUAAAAAGGUCCAUGCGAUGUACCGAACCACCGGCGCCAGUUUCGAGAAGGCGCAGCAGGAGUUCGCCACCGGCGUCAUGGCCAACAAGACGGUGCAGACGGCCGCCGCUAACGCCGCCUCCACUGCAGCCCGGGGAGCCUUCAAAGAGCAGAUCUGAUUGGUUCAGAGAACUUCGAGUCCAUCUGUGAUACUCUGACCCCGCCCUCCUUAUUCCUCCUAAUGUCCUUACAGCCAUUCGUCAGCUCUAACUGGCUGCUCAAGACCACACCCACUCUCAUUGACUUAAUGCACUCCUGUGACUGACUGAGGCCCCGCCCACAGCCCCUCCCCUCCUGUUCUUUAGCUGGAGUGUGUGUGUGUGUGGAGCACCUGUCUGCUCUCGAGCGUGUGUGUAAACAGCCUAAAAAGAGUCACUUUAUAUGUUCACAUCACUGUUGGGUGUUCGUCCGUUUGUCCCGUUAAACAACAGGAAGUGAUGUCAUCAAAAUGUCCUUUUAUGGGAUUCAAGGAUAAAAAGAAUGAUUAUGCCCUCGCAGGUCUGUCUUACCGUCGUAAAAUGAGCGCUCUCACACAGUCAUGCAAGUCCAGGUCACAAUUAAUCUCAAAAUCAAAAGAAAAUAAGAAAAUUACGUCCAUUUAAGGUGACAAAAAGCAUUUAAAUACCCAUUUC